CAGAAAGCCGAUAACAUAACAAAUUUAUUUACUGUCAAACAGGUCAGUUUCGUAAGGGGUUCACUACGGGUUAAAUUUCUGUAGCUAUUUGUGGAUGUUUGUAAAUUAUUCUACGUGAUCGGCAAAAUGCGUGAGGUAUUAUCAGUUCAUAUUGGCCAGUCAGGUGUACAAAUAGGAAAUGCUUGUUGGGAGCUGUACUGCUUGGAGCACGGUAUUGGACCUAACGGUGAGCUGUGUCGUUCGGAAAACGGCUGCGUUGGAGAUGACGAUAGUUUCAACACAUUCUUCAGUGAGAGCGAUACAGGAAAACGAGUGCCAAGGGGAGUUUUCGCAGAUUUAGAACCCACUGUAAUUGACGAGGUACGUACCGGUACCUACAGGCAGCUGUUUCAUCCGGACCAAUUAAUCUCCGGAAAAGAAGACGCGGCAAACAACUAUGCCCGUGGACACUACACCGUUGGUAGGGACAUCGUGGAUAAAGUUUUAGACCGAAUUCGAAAACUAGUGGAUCAAUGCAACGGUCUGCAAGGUUUCCUAAUAUUUCAUUCGUUCGGUGGAGGAACCGGAUCCGGUUUUACUUCUUUGCUCAUGGAAAGACUGUCCGAUGAAUACGGCAAGCGCUCAAAAUUAGAGCUCGCAAUUUACCCAGCCCCACAGAUAUCCACCGCAGUGGUCGAACCGUAUAAUUCGGUUUUGACAACACACUCGACUUUGGAACAUUCUGAUUGCGCAUUUAUGAUUGAUAACGAGGCCGUCUACGAUAUUUGCCGAAAAAAUUUGGACAUCGAUAGACCCACCUACACAAAUCUGAACAGGAUAAUAAGCCAGGUCGUCUCUUCAAUUACGGCGUCUCUCAGGUUCGAAGGAGCCUUAAAUGUAGAUUUGACUGAAUUUCAGACGAAUCUCGUACCGUAUCCGCGAAUUCAUUUCCCGUUGGUUACGUAUGCGCCAGUUACUACCGCGGAGAAGGCGUACCACGAGCAAUUGACUGUAAAGCAAAUUACUUACGCGUGCUUUGAGCCGUGCAACCAAAUGGUCAAGUGCGAUCCUCGACACGGUAGAUACAUGGCUUGCUGUAUGCUGUAUCGUGGGGACGUUGUACCUAAAGAUGUUAAUGCAGCUAUAAGCAUUAUUAAAGGUAAACGUGCCAUACAAUUUGUCGAAUGGUGUCCUACAGGUUUUAAAGUCGGCAUCAACUAUCAACCCCCUACUGUUGUACCAGGGGGAGAUUUGGCCAAGGUACAGCGCGCCCUGUGCAUGAUAGCAAAUACUACUGCGAUAUCAGAGGCUUGGUCACGGCUUGACUACAAAUUCGACGUGAUGUUCUCAAAAAGGGCCUUUGUACAUUGGUACAUGAAUGAAGGUAUGGAGGAGGGCGAGUUUAACGAAGCACGAGAAGACGUAGCGGGCUUGGAACACGAUUAUGAUGAAGUUGGUAUGAGUGGGGACCUACAUAAUGUUGGAGAGGAGCAUUGAAUGUAAAUUAAUUUUAAAUUGUACCAAGUACAAACGUAAUUAAACCUAAA